GGCGGCGGCGGCGGCGGCGCGGGUGCGGCGGCGCGGCUGACCCGGCAGAGGAGAUGGUGACCGCUCCGGAGGGCGGGCCCGGGCAGCCAAUGUGACCCCGCCCGGCCCUGGGACCCCCGCCCCCUGCCUCUCCGAGCAGAUAGCCCUGGGACCACUACCACCCCGGCUCCAAGGAGACCACCCUGGGACCCCGCCCUCCUCUCCUCCUCCCCCCCCCCCCCGGCUCUGAGCAAACAGCCCUGGGACCACCGCCGCCCCCCAGCAGACACACCUGGGACCCUGCCUCCCGCCUCUGAGCAAACAGCCCUGGUAUGCCCCCACCUUUGCAGACAGCGCUGAGACCACCCCCACCCUGAGCCAACAGCCCUGGGAUCACGGCCCCUCCCCGAAGGCCCGGGGACAUUUACCCCCAGUCACUGGUCAAACAGAUCCUCCCAAUUCUGCACACAGCCCCUGUAACCUUUGUCCCCCAAACCCUGAACAGACAGACCUGGGAUUCCUCUCCGUGGACAACCCCCCAGGACCUUGAACAAAUAACCCUGUGACAAUCCUCUCCCCCAGACCCUGGCCAUUCAGCUCCUGUGUCUGUUCCUCACCGCCAGACCCUGGCCACAGUCCUAUAACCCCCACCUCAAGCACACUGGAGAGCUCCUGUGAACCUCCCACAAAUCUGUUCUAGCUAGAAAGUGACUGUCAACCCACCAGACCCAGAAGAGAUAGUCCCCAGAUUCCCUGGCCAAAAUUCUAAAACCUCCCUGUGCCUACCUGUUUGUCCCCCUACCCCCUCUCUCACAAGGAAGCAUUCCCCCAGGCCAGGCAGCCUCUGUCUUUUCUGUCUUACUCUGCUUAGAGAACUUUCAUUCCCCUUAUCUAGAUAGUACCUGGUAAUUGGACCCGAGUGACCUCUCUCACAUCAAUCCAUUUAUUCUCUCUCUAUAUGCCCUGGUGACUAGACUUCAGCAAAUAUGUUCCUACUGAUAAUGACCCCCAUUCUCUUAAUCCUUUCCCCAUUAGAACAGUUCCAGUUACUCUUUCCUCUAGGCCUCCCACUGUGAUAUUCCAACCCCCCCACCAGUGACACUAUGCAACACCAGAGUGGCUGCCGAGGCAUCUGGCUCCUGCCCCUGUCCCUGUUCCUGUCUAGCCUCGGGGUCGCCAGAACCGGGCGCUCCCUUCUCAGCUGUCCUGCAGCCUGCCUGUGUGCCAGCAACAUCCUCAGCUGCACCAAACGAGGGCUGGUGAAUGUUCCACAGUCUCUACCCCACUACACAGCACAACUGGAUCUUAGCUACAACAACUUGACCCAUCUUCGGGCACAAUGGACCUCCGUCCGCCUGACCCACCUUCACUACUUGUUCCUCAGCCAUAACUACUUAUACUUCAUCUCCACGGAGGCCUUCUCCCCAGUGCCCAAGCUGCGCUACCUGGACCUCUCCUCCAAUCAUUUGCGGACCCUGGAUGAGUUCCUGUUCAGUGAACUUCGGGAGCUGGAGGUGUUGUUAUUGUACAACAACCGAAUUAUGGAGGUGGACAGAAGCGCCUUUGAUGACAUGGUCCACCUACAGAAACUCUACCUGAGCCAGAACCAGAUUGCUCGAUUUCCUGUAGAACUGGUCAAGGAUAGGUCCAAGCUGCCCCAACUGACCCUCCUGGAUCUGUCUUCGAAUAAACUGAAGCUGUUACCCACGUCUGAUCUGCAAGACCUGCCAGCCUGGAUGAAGAAUGGACUGUAUCUGCAUAACAACUCCCUCACCUGUGACUGCGAGAUAUACAAGCUCUUCACACACUGGCAGUAUCGUCAGCUGAGCUCAGUGAUGGACUUUCAGGAGGAUUUGUACUGUGUACAUUCCAAGAAGACACUCAGUGUCUUCAACAUGAGCAGCACCCUGAACUGCAGUGAGUUCAAGGAGUGUGCGUUUGAAGCCCACCUGGAUGAAACCUUGACCAUUAGCUGUGACACCAGGCAGCAGGGCAUGACGAAGGAAUGGGUAACACCAAACAAUGAAAGAGUACCGAGUGAGGUGGGCAAUGGCUCAGUAGUGAUGUUGGGGGAUGGCAGUCUUCAGUUAAAGCGCAUUCGGGUUGAGGACCAGGGAUUGUACACCUGUUACGCGGUAGGGGAGGUGUUCAAUGAAACGUUGUCUGUGGAGGUGAAGGUCCACAACUUCACCCAGCACGGACCCCAUGACACUCUCAAUACAGCCUAUACCACGCUGGUGGGCUGUAUCCUCAGUGUGGUUCUGGUCCUGAUCUAUCUGUACCUCACCCCGUGCCGCUGCUGGUGCCGUGCUGGGGAGAGGCCUGCAAGCCAUCAGGGAGAUAGCCUCAGCUCUUCCAUGCUGAGCACUACCCCAAACCAUGAUCCAGUGGCUGGUGGUGGUGGCAAGGACAGUGGCUUUGACCGUCGAGUGGCCUUCCUGGAACCUACAGGCCCCGGGCAGGGCCAAAAUGGCAAGCUAAAGCCUGGCAACACCCUCCCUGUCCCUGAGGGGGCCAAAGGCCAGAGGAAAAUGUCUGAUCCAGAAUCAGUCAGCUCAGUCUUCUCUGAUACACCCAUUGUGGUGUGAUUAGGGUGGGGUUGAUGGGAAGAUCCCUGGGAAAGAGGGAAUGGUAACCUCCAAAGGAUGUAAGGGGAAAGAAGAGGGCUACCUGAGGGUGUUGGUUUCCCCUGUCCUCAAGGGAAAUGUGCACAGAUGUAACAACAGGCCAGAAGCCACACCUCCAUCCCUGGGUGUAGAAGAUUUUCAGAUAUGGAUCUGUAACUCUCAGGCAAAUGCUGCACCCCUUAUCCAAAAUUCUAGCAAGUGCAGCUGCUGAUGAAGGAACUUGUCUAAGACAGGUGGGUCUAGUGGGAAGUAGAUUCUGUAAGUUUUUACUGUGUCUGCUUUAGCCCCAUAAAGAGAGUGGUCAUUAUCCAAGCAUUUGAAAGAAAAAUGGAAUUUUCCAUAAUGUCUUCUUCCACCCUGUAUGCAGGGAUUUGGGGUGGGACUUGAAUGGGCGCAGACUUGAGCAGUUGGCCUGAUUCUAGUAGUUUCAGCUGCAGGUAUAUCAUCUUUGGUUGAUAUAGACAGGGGAAUUGAAACCUUAAGGAACAGGGUAGGAACCAAAAAAAAAAGACCCCUGAAUCAAGAAUGACCCCCAAAGCUUUCUGAAACUUGUCCACCUUCCUCUUUCCCAAGAAGAAUUAAGUAAUUGACUGAAUCACAGAAGCAAAUAACUAGCAUGGUCCUGUGUCAGACUAGGGACCCCUUGUAACCAAUCUGAGUUUAUAGAGGGUAGCAAUGUAGUAAGUGUGACAUUGGGGGACUAUCCACUGGUACAAAGUGCCGGCUGGUAUGAAGUAGGCUAUUUGGGUCACAGCUCAGGAGAACACCUUAAAACCUACUCCAAGUGUGGACAGUAGAAAUUCUGACUCCCUGGUCUCUUCUCUGCUGUGCAUUUGUACUCCAGAGUCUACUGAUUUCACCACUUUAGGCAGGGCCUUUGCAGGUGCCUACCACAGGCAUGGUGUAUGAGAUGAUUGGGAUGGGGGGUGGAGGUUGGGAGUGGGAGGAUGUGAAGGAAAUGGCCUCUUAUAAAGAUGAGGCUAAAUUAGCCUCCAUUGUGUAAAA